CUUCCCCGGGAGGGCAGGGACCGGCCGCCCCUUCCCGGAUCCUCCUCUCUCGCCUCUCCCCUCCCCGGCUGAGCGGAGCCGGGAGCCGCGGAUGCCCCGGCAGGUGAGCGCUCCGCAGGGCCUGUCCAUGGAUGCCAGCAAGAAGGUGGAUCUGAAGAUCAUCAUCAUCGGAGCUCUGGGCGUGGGCAAGACCUCUCUGCUGCACCAGUACGUGCACAAGACGUUCUUCGAGGAUUACCGCACCACGCUGGGCGCCAGCAUCCUCACCAAGGUCCUGGCUGUGGACAACACCCCCCUGAAGCUGCAGAUCUGGGACACAGGCGGACAGGAGCGAUUCCGGUCCAUGGUGUCGACCUUUUACAAAGGCUCGGACGGCUGCAUGCUGGCAUUCGACGUGACCGACAGGGAGUCCUUCGAGGCCCUGGAUAACUGGAGAGAUGAUUUUCUGGAGAAGGUCAUUCCCAGGGAACAGGAUUUCCCCAUGGUCGUGCUGGGGAACAAGAUAGACCUCAGUGACCGGCAGGUGCCCAAGGAAACGGCCUCAGCCUGGUGCAAGGAGAAGGACAUCCCGUAUUUCGAGGUCAGCGCCAAGAACAACAUCAACGUGGCCGAGGCUUUCGAGACGCUGGCGAAGCAGGCGCUGAGCACGUAUAAAGGGAUUUUUGAGAGUUAUUUAACCGACUCCAUCAAGCUCACUCCCAACGACAAGCCCAAGCAGAGCUGCUGCUGACCCCGGGGCCACUGGACCCCUCGAUGCCCACGGCUGGAGCCCUGCCCGGGGGUCCGAGCCCCCUGCCCACCCCGGCCUGGCCACGGGGACCGGCUGGACACAGCAGGACCUGCACAUCCAGGGAUUUGCUGCUUCCCACGGCUCUGGAGCUGCUCUCCCGAGCCUCCCAAUGGCCUGGUGUCACGGUGUCCCAAAGCCUGGGUGUCACAGUGGCCCUGUCCCCGCUCGGUGUGCUGCCGUCGGGCACCCGAUGUCCCUGCAGUGACGGUGCCAGGGGUGCGGGCAUUGGCGUGACCCUGCCCGGUGCACGGCCUGGUGGCCCCACUGCUCUCAGGGUGGGCACGGGCUGGCCUGGAGGGGACACUUGGGGCUGGUGGCCUGGGCACAGGGCCCUUCUGUGGAGGCAACAAAUCCGUGCCUCAGUUUCCCCCUCCCCUCACGCAUAUCCCCCACCAAACACCUUCCCCCUCCCUCCUCACUGGGGAGGAUUCUCAAAAAAGCACUUUG